CAGAGCAGAAGAGCACCUAGGCGCCAGUUGGGGUGAAGUUAGUAAAUGUGGGGCCUCGCCCGGUGCCUGGGUCGUGGGCAUUUGUCCUCAGCCGUCCAUAGGUCAUCCUGCUGAAGGAGAAGACCCGUUGAUCUGGCUCUUCUCAGGCAGGGAGAUCGCAGAAUGGUAAGAGGAUGCCCCAUACUCCUCAGUGCCGCUCACUGAAGAGACUGUUGGCCUUUCCUUCCAGUCUGGCAGUGCUGACUUUCAGCUUAAUGCAGAGCUUUCUAGCCCAAAGGGCAUUUUAAAGAUGAAUGAAAAUGAAAUGGAAACCACCUCACCUCAGCGAAAAUUUCCUGAAUGGAUGUCUGAGCAGAAUAAAAGAGGUGCUACAGAAGAAAAGAAGGCAUGCAUUCAGAAGAGUGUUCUCGAAGAUGACCUCCCAUUCUUAGAAUUCACUGGUUCUGUUGUUUACAGCUAUGAAGCUAGUGAUUGCUCCUUCCUGUCUGAAGACAUUAGCAUGCGUCUGUCUGAUGGAGAUGUGAUAGGAUUUGACAUGGAAUGGCCACCCAUAUACAAACAAGGGAAGCGAAGCAAAGUUGCAGUGAUUCAGUUGUGUGUGUCUGAGAGCAAAUGCUACUUGUUUCACGUUUCUUCUAUGUCAGUUUUCCCCCAGGGAUUAAAAGUAUUACUAGAAAAUAAGUCAAUUAAGAAGGCAGGUGUUGGAAUUGAAGGAGAUCAGUGGAAACUUUUGCGUGAUUUUGACAUCAAGUUGGAGAGUUUUGUGGAGCUGACGGAUGUUGCCAAUGAAAAGUUGAAGUGUGCAGAGACUUGGAGCCUCAAUGGUCUCGUUAAACAUGUCUUGGGAAAACAGCUUUUGAAAGACAAGUCUAUCCGCUGUAGCGAUUGGAGCAAUUUCCCCCUCACUGAGGACCAGAAACUAUAUGCCGCUACUGAUGCUUAUGCUGGUCUUAUCAUUUAUCAAAAAUUAGAAAGCUUGGGAGAUGCCGGGCAAGUGUUUGCUCUAAAUAGAGCCAAAGAAAGACUACCUAUGGAGAUGAAGAAACAGUUGAAUUCAAUCUCUGAAGAAAUGAGGGACCUAGCCAAGCAUUUUCCUGUCACUUGCAGAAAUUUAGAAACUCUACAGAGGGUUCCUAUAAUAUUGAGGAAUAUUUCAGAAAAUCUAUGUUCAUUGAGAGAGGUGCUAUUUGGUCCUCCAAACACUGAGCCUGAACAGAAGCAAGGCAGUAGUUUUACCUUAUUGUCACCAGAGGAUUCAGCUGUUGUUGGAGAUAAAGAGAAACAAAUUGGAGAACCUAGGACUUUCCCUAAAGAAGAACCAUGGGACCCAGAACUUGACAAUUUAGUGAAACAUGAGGAAGUUGAUGUACUUAGAACUAAAGUGAAGCAAGAAGAAGGUGAGUUUGAAGAUGAAGUAGAAGACAAUCUGUUGAAAGAAGAAAUGGAAAGAACUUGUUGGAUGUCCAGUAUUUCAGAAUAUGAACUCCAAAUUUUGGAACAGCAGGCUGAAGAAAAAAAUUGUAAUGAUGUUUCUCACCAAUCUUCUGAGCAUUUAUCUUUCAAUGAUGAUGGAAACGAUUCCUCUUAUAUAAUUGAAAGUGAUGAAGAUUUAGAAAUGGAGAUGCUUAAGUCUUUAGAAAACCUAAAUAAUGAUGCGGUGAAACCAACUCAUUCUAAAUGGUUGGAAAUGGAAAGCAACGUGAGUCUUCCUUCUGAGGAGGGAGAUGGAGAUGGAAAUGAAGCCACUGAAGAGGAGCAGGAAGAAGAGGACCAUUUAUUGCCGGAACCCAGUGCAAAGCAAAUUAAUUUCCUCAAGACCUUUUUCGGCCAUUGCAGUUUUAAACCGGUUCAGUGGAAAGUCAUUCAUUCUGUAUUAGAAGAAAGAAGAGAUAAUGUUGUUGUCAUGGCAACUGGAUAUGGGAAGAGUUUGUGCUUCCAGUAUCCACCUAUUUAUGCAGGCAAAAUUGGAAUUGUUAUUUCGCCUCUCAUUUCCUUAAUGGAAGACCAGGUUCUUCAGCUUGAAAUGUCCAACAUUCCAGCCUGUUUACUUGGAUCAGCACAAUCAAAAAAUAUUCUAGGAGACAUUAAAUUAGGCAAAUACAGGAUCAUAUACAUAACUCCAGAAUUCUGUUCUGGUAAUUUGGACCUACUCCAGGAGCUUGAGUCUAAUAUUGGUAUCACACUUAUUGCUGUGGACGAGGCUCACUGUAUUUCUGAGUGGGGCCAUGAUUUUAGAAGUUCAUUCAGGACACUGGGCUCUCUGAAGAAAGCACUCCCCUUGGUCCCAGUCAUUGCCCUCUCUGCCACUGCAAGCGCCUCCAUCCGGGAAGAUAUCAUACGCUGCUUAAACCUGAAAAACCCUCAGGUCACCUGCACUGGGUUUGACCGACCAAAUCUGUACUUAGAAGUUGGACGAAAAACAGGGAAUAUCAUUCAGGAUCUAAAACCAUUUCUUGUCCAGAAGUCAAGUUCUGCCUGGGAGUUUGAAGGUCCUACCAUCAUCUAUUGUCCUUCCAGAAAAAUGACAGAACAAGUUACUGCUGAGCUUGAGAAACUGAACUUAACCUGCAGAGCAUACCAUGCAGGCAUGAAAAUUAGUGAAAGGAAGGAUGUUCAUCAUAGGUUCCUGAGAGAUGAAAUUCAGUGUGUUGUGGCUACCAUAGCUUUUGGAAUGGGCAUUAAUAAAGCUGACAUUCGCAAAGUUAUUCAUUAUGGCGCUCCUAAGGAAAUGGAGUCCUAUUACCAGGAAAUCGGCAGAGCUGGCCGUGAUGGACUUCAGAGUUCUUGUCACUUACUCUGGGCUCCGGCAGACUUUAACUUAACUAGGCAUCACCUUAUUGAGAUACAAAAUGAAAAGUUCCGGUUAUAUAAAUUAAAGAUGAUGGUAAAGAUGGAAAAAUAUCUUCACUCCAGUCAAUGUAGGCGACAAAUCAUCUUGUCCCAUUUUGAGGACAAACAACUACAAAAGGCCUCCUUGGACAUUAUGGGAACUGAAAAAUGCUGUGAUAAUUGCAGGCCCAGAUUGAAUCAUUGCUCUUCCGCUAACAUCUCAGAGGACACAUCCCAAGACCUAGGUUCACAAGCAUUCCAGCUACUAUCUGCCGUGGACAUUCUACAGGGGAAGUUUGGAAUUGGGACUCCAAUUUUAUUUCUCCGAGGAUCUAAUUCUCAGCGACUUCCAGAUAAAUACCGCCGUCACAGGCUUUUUGGCACUGGCAAGGAGCAAGCAGAAAGUUGGUGGAAGUCUCUUUCUCACCAUCUCAUAGCUGAAGGACUCUUGGUAGAAGUGCCCACGCAAAACAAAUUUAUAAAGACUUGCUCCCUCACAAAAAAGGGUAGAAAAUGGCUUGCUGAAGCUGAGUUGCAGUCUCCUCCAAGCCUUAUCCUACAAGUUAAUGAAGACAUGUGUCCGAGGACGGGUCAGAUGCCAAGUUCCAAUCACGUAUCAUCAGAAACGAAGCAACAUUCCUCUACUCAAAAACCAGUUGGAUUAACUCCAGAGCAGUUGAAUUUGGAGAGAAUGUUUUCCUACAAAGCACCUGAGAAGUUUUCCUCUGGGAGUAACAUUCCUAAAAACAGAGUCAUGAUGCAGUCACCAGGAACAUCUUAUAGCUCCCUAGAACCUGCUAUUUCGGCCCAAGAGCUGGACACUCGGACUGUGCUGUAUGCCAAGCUGGUGGAAGCUAGACAGAAACAUGCUAAUAAAAUGGAUGUGCCACCGGCUAUUCUGGCAACAAAUAAGGUUCUGCUGGAUAUGGCCAAAAUGAGACCAACCACUGUUGAAAAUAUGAAACAGAUUGAUGGUGUCUCUGAAGGCAAAGCUACUCUGUUGGGCCCUCUGUUGGAAGUCAUCAAACAACUCUGCCAAGUGAAUAGCAUUCAGACAGACCUCUUCUUGAAUACAAAACCCCAAGAGGAACAGAAGAAAAGUCAGGAAACGGAAAAUAAAGAAUGCUCACUCUCACAGUCGGUGGCGGUCACAUACUCUUUAUUUCAGGAAAAGAAGAUGUCCUUGCACAGCAUAGCUGAGAAUAGGCUUCUGCCUCUCACUGCAAUCGGCAUGCACUUAGCCCAGGCGAUAAAAGCUGGCUGCCCCCUGGAUAUGGAACGAGCUGGCCUGACCCCAGAGGUUCAGAAGAUCAUUACCAAUGUUAUCCGAAACCCUCCCAUCAACUCAGAUAUGUAUAAAGUUAAACUCAUUAGAAUGUUAGUUCCUGAAAACAUUGACACAUACCUAAUCCACAUGGUAAUUGAGAUCCUCAGUGGUUCCGACAGCAGGAGUCAGCCUUCUUGUGAUUCCAGCAGAAAGAGGUGUUUCUCCAGCUCCGAAGAGAACUGUGGGAGUGUUAAGAAAAGCAAGGACACAGUCCCUGAUGCCAAGACAUCAUCUGAAAUGUCAAAGAGAAAAUUGCCCCCAUGGUUUACCAAAAGAAGUGUGUCCUCAGCUGAUAUUGGCAGCUCAUCAAUGGCCAAGACAAAAAAGAAAGGUCUUUUUAGUUAGAUGACAAAUACAGAGCAAUUUGUGUGUCUGUCUUUAUUCCUGUAAAGAAUGAAAAAAACAUUUUUAACUUUAAAAUUACUUAAAGUUCAAAGAAAAACUCACUUAGACAUUGAGCAGCCGGCAUCAUUAAUCACCCAUCCAGAGUUGAGAUAAAGUAUCUGAGCCAUCUAAGAGCCUGAGUGCAACACAGAGUGUCGAGGUGAGCUUCCCUUCACCCUUGCCAGCGUCUUGUUGCGGUCUCUCUACUUCUGGCAGUACUGCGUGUGGGAAUUGUAGGAUCUGUCUCUGUGACAUAGAUUAUAGGUUAGUAGUUACAUAGUGAUAGAUACAAAGUUGUCUGAAAUUGACAAAAUGGAGUCCUGUGACUUCAGACAAAAGACUCCUUUUACAGAUUGUCUUUGCUUCCUUAUGCCGAUGCCUGUAGGCGCAGUGUCAGAGCAUCAGUGCAGCAGACCAGUGACACACUGGCUUCCAUUUAAAAGGGGGACCAUGUUGAAAGGUUUCCAGUUGCAGAGACAACUAAAUGCUAUGCAUUUUCUGCGGAGUUUCUAUUAUUUUUUCAAUAAAACAGUGUCCCCCAUAGUGAAUAUUAAACAUACUUAAUUUUUAUGUAUUUAAUUACUGAGUACCUUCAAUAUUUAAAGAUGCCAAGAUUUAAUGUCUUAUGUUUCACAAAGAACUUAAAAACAUAAAACUUAACUCUGUUCUUGGUAAACUUUUGUAAUAUAACUUUAGGCAGUUCACCAUAUAGCUUAUAAGUACUUUUCAAGCCUUUGACUGACUUUUUUUUGUAAAUAGAAAUGGACUGUUAUUAAUACAGAAGAAAUACAUGUGUGAAUUCAGAGCAGCUUAAAAAAUGGAACCCUGGGAUUCCAUUAGGAGAUAAUCAAAGUCAUUUUUGGGAUCUGUCAGACUUUCUCAUAUUCAUUUUCUUAAUUUGUUACAUCCAUAAUACAUGAAUGAAUCUUAUUGUAAAACAUUCAAACUAUACUUAAAACAUAAAAAUCCCUGUGUUCUCAUUUUUCUGCUUCCUAUAACCAGAAGGUAGCUCCCAUUAAGUACGUGUCACACACAUUUGGUAGUUAUUUCUGUCUUUCUGUGCCUUGACAUGUGUUUCUGUAGUGCUUGAGUCGGUAUUCUCAAUGACAGAGUGUCAGGAUGCUUAAGCUGCUCUGAGCUGAGUUCUGGAUGUGGUAGCCAUCUGUAGGGAAACACCUGCCUAAUUAUAAGUUGAAUUGGAGGAAUUUUUUAAUGGAAUUGAAAAACAAAAAUUUGCUGGCAAAAAUUAUGCUUGGUUCGUUAGACUGGCUAUUUGGCAGACAUUGUUCUUAAGACUGAAUGAAGUUAGCUUAUUGUUUUAAGGGAAAUGAUUUACCAAUAUUUAUUGCCAGUAGUAAAGUUGAAAUUUCUAGCAAAGCUUACAGUUUUGGUGAGCUUAUAUCCUUGGUGGGGAACCUGGGCAGCUUUUCCUUGACCUGAAGACUUUUGUAAUGAGGUGGAUAAAAGAAACAUAUUAUUUUUGAUACUAUCCAAAGUUUUAUCUGUAUCUAGAACAUCUAAUGAGCCCAAGAAAUUAGUCUUUAAGGGCAGCUAAGACAUGAUGUAACAUGGAGAUAACGCUGUUUAAAAGGCCUGCUUGAAGCAGAAGAGGGACCAGUAAAUCUUAAUGUUAGCCAAGAAUGAAGAGCUGGAGACUGUCGUUUCAGACGACACACUGAAAAUAAUCAUUAAAAAACAGCUACUGUUUUGGUAUAGCUUCAAAGAAGAUUCUCUACCAUUAUUUGAAAAGAUAUUAAAAUAUUCCUGUCUUCUCCAACUAUAUAUUUGUAUGAACUUGGGUUUUCCUAGUAUACCUCAGGCAAAAUAGUGUGUCCAAGUAGACUGAAUGCAGACAACCGGACUCCAGGCUCUUCCCUUAAACUCAUCUACUCAAUGAGAAUGUUUACAGAAAUGAAACAGGACCAUCCUUGUGAAUUUUUUUUAAUGAAAAUAUAUUUUUUUAAAAACAAACAAUAUUUGUGCUAAAAUGCAACUGAUUUGCUAUGGCUGUUUUGAAGUGAAUCAAUAAAUCUUUGGAAA